AUGACAGGAACCGGCGUGCUCGCCCAGUUUGGCGUCCUCCUCCUCGUCGCCGUCGUCUGGGCCGCCGUCUUCAUGAACCCCAUCAUCCUCUUCUCCGGACAUCCCAUCGGCCAAUCUCUCGCCGUCUUCCUCCUCUUCCAGUCCGUCCUGUUCCUGCAGCCGACCCACACGGCCGACCAGAAGCGCGUCGGCCAGCGCGUGCAUGCUUCCCUCAACCUGGCCGCCUUCCUGAGCCUCGUCGCCGGCGUCGCCAUUGUCGAGUACAACAAGGGCCUCAGCCGAAAGGCACACUUUCACUCUGUCCACGCCUACCUCGGCACCGUCGCCGUCGCGCUGCUUGUCGUCCAGUACCUCGUCGGCUUCACCAUGUGGGCGACGCCCGGCCUGUGGGGCGGUGAGGACAAGGCCAAGAAGCUCUGGAGGCUGCACCGCAUCUUCGCCUACGCCAUCGUGCUACCGCUGCUGCUGCUGACCGUCCUGUUCUCGACGCGCACGGAUUACGUCGCCCACGUCUUGAACAUCCCCUGGUGGUCUCUCCUCGUCGCAUCCGUCCUCAUCGUCGCGGGCGUCUACCCACGCCUUCAGUUGUACAAGAUACUCGCCGGUCCUCGGCACGUCGUCUCCCCGGCGGCCUAA